AUGCCACGUGCUCGUCUACUGUUUCAAGCCCACAUCAUCAGUGUUUAACCCGCUUCAUUUAUGUUUUUACUUAUACUGCAGUGCCACGAGAUAUAAACAAGAGUGUAACGCCACUUCACAAAGGCUGUUUGUAAGGAGAGAGAACCAUGGAAGCUCUGAAGGGCUUUGAUAUCGACGCCCCACGCUGGGAUCAAUCCACGUUCGUGGGCCGUCUCAAACACUUUUUCAACAUCACUGACUGCCGCACUGUUCUGCUGCCUGACUCCAGACUAGAUGAAGCCAAAGCUUUAGUGGAGAGCUUCAGAGCUGGCUCUGUUCCUCCUGGCACAACAGAGGAGCAGCUACACUAUGCCAAGAAGCUGUAUGACUCUGCAUUUCAUCCUGACACAGGUGACAGGAUGAACUUGAUAGGGAGAAUGUCUUUUCAGGUGCCUGGGGGUAUGGCCAUCACAGGGUUCAUGCUUCAGUUUUACAGGACAGUUCCAGCUGUAGUGUUCUGGCAGUGGGUUAACCAGUCUUUUAACGCUCUGGUCAACUACACCAAUCGCAAUGCUGCUUCCCCCAUCACACCAAAGCAGAUUGGAGUAGCUUAUGUGACGGCAACAAGCACAGCGCUGGCCACUGCGGUCGGGCUGAACCUCUAUACAAAGAAAGCUCCUCCACUUGUGGCACGAUGGGUGCCGUUCGCUGCUGUAGCCGCGGCUAACUGUGUGAACAUUCCAAUGAUGAGACAACAGGAGAUUUUGAACGGCAUUGCUGUGACAGAUGAAGAUGGAAAUAAACUGGGUCACUCAAGGAAAGCAGCUGUCAAGGGCAUCACACAGGUGGUCAUCUCUCGAGUUACCAUGGCAGCGCCAGGCAUGAUCAUACUCCCCAUUAUUAUGCAGAGGCUGGAAAAAUACAGAUUCAUGCAGAAAAUCACAUUUCUUCAUGGCCCGCUGCAAGUCAUGAUGGUUGGCGUAUUUCUGAUCUUCAUGGUGCCUGCAGCGUGUUCACUGUUUCCUCAGAGAUGUUCUAUGGCUGUAUCCAAACUGGAACCUGAGCUCAGGGAGUCCAUCGUUUCUCAGUACGGCGACCGUGUCAGUUAUGUCUACUUCAACAAGGGCCUGUGAGUGCUGGCCAAUCACAGACUGGAUGCAUAAGUCAUCGGCCAAUUAAAAGCUCUUUUUGACAAUUUUUGUUGCUAAAAAGAAGCUUUUUGAUUUGAGUUUUUUUUAAAAAAGAAGGUUGUUAUGCACUAAAGCAUAAUUUAUGAAUAGUCUUUUUACAUUUGGCACUGACUGCUGCAAAGAAUCGGUUUGAUUUGUGAAUCGAAAUUCUCUGUAAAAAUAAAUUUUACAGAGAAUUUAUAGACUUUGGAUAAAGCUGAUCCAGUUGCCCUGUCAUCCGUUCCUGUUGUAUAUGAUCGUUCCUGAAUACUCGGGAACAGAUUGAAAAGUCUGAGAAAUGUUUCCCUCUGAUGCCAAACGCUGUCAUUUACCACAUACAUCUCUCAGGAAAAGUUUAUUUUUAAGGUUUAAUGCUUUAAUAGCCUCUAAAGCCAUCAGUGAAAUCAUUUUAGCAGGUUUUUCUUAAACUGUCAGACAUACACACUACCAGUCAAAAGUUUUUGAACAGUAAUAUUUUUAAUGUUUUUUUAGAAAGUCUCUUCUGCUCACCAAGCCUGCAUUUAUUUGAUUCAAAGUACAGCAAAAACAGUGCAAUUAUGAAAUAUUUAAAAUAAUGGUUUUCUAUUUGAAAAUAUUUAAAAAUGUAUUUUAUUCCUGUGAUUUCAAAGUUGAAUUUUUAGCAUCAUUACUCCAGUCACACAAUCCUUCAGAAAUCAUUCUAAUAUUCUGAUUUGCUGCUAAAAUAUAUAUAUAUAUUAUCAUUAUUAUUAUGUUGAAAACUGCAUUUAUCUGAAAUAGAAAUAUUUUGUAACAGCAUAUGUAUGUUUAUCAUCACGUUUGAUAAAUUUAAAGCAUGCUUGCUAAAUAAAAGUAUUAAUUUCUAUGAUGAUAUAGUGUUAACGUUACAAAAAGCUUUUAUUUUCUGUUCAUCAAAAAAUCCUGAAAAAAUUCUCAACUGUUUUAAAUAAUGAUAAUAAUACAGAAUAUUUCUUGAACAGCAUAUUAGAAUGAUUUCUGUGACACUGAAGACUGGAGUAAUGAUUCUGAAAAUUUAGCUUUGAUCACAGGAAUAAAAUACAUUUUAAAAUGUAUUCAAAUAGAAAACAGUUAUUUUAAAUAGUAAAAAUAUUUUUACUGUUUUUGCUGUACUCUGUAUCAAAUAAAUGCAGGCUUGGUGAGCAGAAGAGACUUCUUUAAAAAAACGUUAAAAAUCUUACUGUCCCAAAACGUUUGACCUGUGCAGAGUCAAAUCAUAAAUGUUUACGUUUGAAAUACUAGUUACAAGCAUUUUGGGAAAGUACAGUCUAUUAAACAUCAGUUUAAAACAGUAUUUCACGGUUAGUGUGCCUUAAAUUCAAAAACAUUCAUGGCGCUUGUUGGGUCCAUAACCUGCCCUCACUGUGAACUGAUCUGAGUUACGUACUUGUUUUCAUCAUUACAAGAUGAUGAAAUAAACAGACAGCUGUCGAAAUAAACCCCUGGUCUGUGAUAACUCAUGGGAGUUGAACCAAAGUGGACCUUGUGUUUAUUUUAUCUACAACUGGGCGCUCAAUAUUCAUUCCUGCCACAUGAGGGCAGUAUCUGAUCGUGUUUUGUGAAGGUAAACAUGUGACCCUGGACCACAAAGCCAGUCACAAGGGUCAAUUUUUUUUAAAUUUCCUUUGAUGUAUGGUUUGUUAGGACAGGACAGUAUUUGUCUGAGAUACACUUUAAAGUUGUCCAAAUUAAGUUCUUAGUAAUACAUAUUACUAAGUUUUGAUACAUUACGGUAGGAAAUUUACAAAAUAUCUUCAUGGAACAUGAUCUUGUUUUGGCAUAAAGCAAAAAUGGAUAAUUCUGACCGAUACAAUGUAUUGUUGGCUAUUACUGCAAAUAUACCCGUGCUACUUACGACUAGUUUUUUUGGUCCAGGGUCACAUAUGGGCUAAAAUAUACUAUAAAGCCACCAGAAACCACUUUUUAGAACAAUCUGAAAUAAAUGAGUGUAUGUAUAUGUGUGCUGAAGUAUACACAGAAUAUAUGGAUAUUGAAUUAGAUUAUGCAGAAAUAUCAAAAUAAUAGACUUAAAAAUACUAAUGGGACAAGCUGAUGUAGUUUAAUGUUUUAUUUGGUAAUACUGUAUAUUUAUCCGUCAAGUGAACGUCCACAUGGGAAUUACACAAAGCAUCAAAGACAUGCAUAGUCUGGUUCUUCUACCACAACUUUUAU